UCGUACACAGAUUAUAUGAACAACACUAUUGUAAUAAAUCUAAAAUGCGUUUAUUUUAGACUUAAAACUUGUGGAGAUAGUCCGGAGAGGAAAUUUCAAUAUGGCGGAAUAAUUAUCACUAAUUGUGACUUUUUUUGUUUUCGUGACCACAUGAAAUACGAAGCGUUUUAUUCUUGCGUGGUUAUUUAGACGAGAUACCUCAUGUUAAAAAUAAAUGUGUUUUUCUGAGAGAAGGGAGAAUAUAUAAAUCGUUUAUCACACAUCAACUGGAACUGUUUCUGUUCGCAUUAAAAUGUUCAAAGGUCAAAAUCAUCUUGGGAAACCAAGAAGCAAUUCCAUGGUUCAUCUCGAUCAUCACCUAUCGAGACAACGCAGUUCAUCAAUGUAUGAAAUGGUGCCAGCUCACGAAGAUGGUGGAGACAGCUCCCAAUGUUCAUCACCAGAGACUGGGCCUGAACCAGAACAAAGAAUUGUGGAACAUAAAGAACGGAAGAAGCAGAAAAAGAAAAAGAACCGACAACCGAGAAUCAUAAAAUCUCCUCCGGAGUGUGGAAUUCCGCAUUAUACAGAAGAAGAAAUAAUGAGAGCGAAGGAAAUCUCGGGCAAAUUAUACAAAAGCCCCUACUACGACACGCCAAAGAGCCCAACUACACUUUCCCCUACGGCGAAGCUAGAUAAAUCAUCCAGUUUUAAGAAGAAAGCAAAACCCGAAUAUUUGGAACGACUGGCACGUGAACAUGCUGAAAAUAAAGAAAACAAACGAGCCGAGCGAGUGAAAGAAUGCAAUAUCGUACUACUAGGUGAUCUUGGAGUUGGCAAAACAGCACUGGCUGUUCGCUUUGUCACGAGGAGAUAUCUACAUGAAUACGACCCGAAACUUGAACGAAAUUACGAAAAAAAUAUUCAAUCAAGCGGAGAAGAAGUCAACGUGCGGUUGUUGGAUACUGUUGGGAAAAGCUGGGAAAAUUAUACAGAACAAGCACAUGGCUUCAUUGUUAUGUAUUCGAUAACCUCCACACAUACCGCGACGAACGCGCAUAACAUUGUCAACUCGAUACGUUCGUCUCGAAACUCACUUAUGAAAAACAUACCCAUAUUAUUAGUUGGAAAUAAAUGCGAACUGGAGCAUGCGAGAAAAGUACCUCGUGAACAUCCAGAGAAGUUUGCCCUUAGCAACGGCUGUGCUUUCAAGGAGGUGUCGAUAGCAUGUACAAUAAACGUGGACGGUAUUGUGAAAUCUGUUGUGAAGCGUAUACAAGCGCAAGAGGGCGGGCGAACCACGCCCGGGUUAACGCCCGAUGGAAAUGGUGCACAUAAAACAAGUUUGUCAAGGAAACCAAGUAACGCCAAACAUAUAAUGAAAAACUUUUUAAAGAAGAAAGAAAAGUCUUGACAAAAUCAAUGAAAUCAAUUGAUUGAUCCUCGUUUUCGCAAGCGUGGUCUUGUUUCUGAAGUGUAAACAAAUAUGGCUGUUUCGUAGCAACGAUCUUUUCUUCACAGAGUAAACAUAUAUGGCUGCUCCGUAGCGACAACUCACAUUGUGAUACAGUUGACGAGAAGUUAUGGAUGCAAAGAUAAAAACUUCAAUUAGCAGUCCUAUUUUGACGACAACAUAAAUAUGUGAGAUUAAAAAUAUGAACUCAGAGAAAAGACACAGAACAAGCUCUGAAAGAGUGUAAAACGAGAA